AUGGCUACUAAGAGCUUUGUUUCUUUAAUCGCUCUGGCUGCCGGUGUUGAAGCUGGCGCCAUUAAGCAAAAAGCGACUGCGACACAGCCCAAUUGGUUCCAGACCUCUCCUGAUAACUACGCGGGCACUACGGCAACUGGCGCUGCUCCUUUCCUCGCAGCAAGCAAUCCAGCUCCCUUCGGCGAGGCAACUUAUGUUCCCAAUGCCCCCUUGGAAACAUCUGAGCCCAUCAGUGGAGCAGGUGGGAAGAAUAUCUUCCAAAUUAUGGGUGAUCUAAGCCCGUACUCCCCCUCCAGUGAAGGAUUUGGAGUAAAAGAGUACCCUCUACCCAAGGGUACAAACAUUACCCACAUGCACCUGCUGCAGCGUCACGGCUCAAGAUAUCCCUCUUCAUCAGAAGGACUGGAUACAUGGGGCGCCACCAUCCAAAAAGCCGUUGCCGAGGGCGCCGUUUUCACAGGCGCGCUCGAAUUCCUAAACGACUGGUCCUACCAGCUCGGCAAAGAGAUUCUCGUCCCAAUUGGUCGCCAAGAGCUUUUCAACAGCGGAAUUCUCAACUACUACAACUACGGCCAUCUAUACGAUAACUCCUCCAAGAUCGUCGUGCGCACCACGCUCCAGUCCCGCAUGCUAGAGAGCGCAGAGAACUUCCUGGCCGGAUUCUUCGGCCUCGACUGGACCAAGAAUGCCAAUAUUUUGGCAACAAUCGACCCCGCCACUACGGGUGUAACACCCUGCGCCAACGAGUAUACCACCAUGGAGGCCAACAUCGCCGAGCCACUCGGCAUCUGGAUGGAGACAUAUCUGCAAGAUCGCACCGCAGCGCUCCGCAAGCUGACUGGUAACUACAACUGGACUGUGGCAGACACGUAUCACGCUCAAAGUCUGUGUCCCUAUGAAACCGUCAGUCUGGGCUACAGUCCCUUCUGCUCGCUAUUCACCUACAAAGAAUGGGAAGGAUUCUCUUACCUCAUGGACAUUGAGUUCGCCGGUAUGUCUGGCUUCUUGAGUCCUACUGGCCGUGCGCAGGGUAUUGCCUGGGUUGAGGAGUUCCUCGCUCGCGUCGAGGGUCACUAUGUCGAUGUCCCGGCUAAGCUCACCGGUGCUAAUAUGACAUUGGAUACCAACCCUGUCACCUUCCCUCUGAACCAGAGUCUCUAUUUGGAGUUCACACACGAUGCAAACAUCAUCUCUGUCCUAACUGCAUUUGGAUUGACCCAAUUCGACGAUUUCUUGCCCACUACUGGUCCGCUUGAGAACCAGCAGUUCUCGGCUAGCAAGCUUGUUCCCUUUGCCGGUCGGUUGAAUAUUGAGAUUAUUACUUCGCCGCACAAGGUUUCGACUAAGCGGUCCGCCACCGCUGGAAAGGCCGACUACGUCUCCAGAACUGGUGAGACGAAGUAUGUGCACUUUAUUCAGAACCAGCGCACUAUUCCUCUUCACUCGAGUUUCGCUGCUUGUGAGUACCGUGAUGAUGGGUGGUGUGAGCUGUCGACUUUCUUGAAGGUGCAGAAGCAUAGUCUGGCUGAUGCGCAGUUCCCUUAUGCCUGCUCUGGUAACUGGACUCUUGGGGCUUGGGGGUCUGUUCGGGAUGGUGUGCCUGCUUGA